AAAAGUUCAGAAAUCACUGGCAGACAUAGAAAAGCUACAUUCCACUGGGUUGGGAGAGUAUCUACAUAUACCCACAGUUGUUGGGCAAACUCAUCAGAACAAGGUCUUAAAGAGUCAGCUAUUUGUGGACAAGUUUUCUGAGAACAUCCAGCACACGUUCCUGGAUUACUUGACUGGUGGAUAUGAACUGAACUUCAUGGUGGCGAUUGAUUUUACUGCUUCAAAUGGGAAUCCUCGCCUACCUGAUUCAUUGCAUUAUAUUGACCCUUCGGGAAGGCCGAACGCAUACCAGCGAGCAAUUUUAGAGGUUGGAGAGGUAUUGCAAUUUUAUGACUCAGAUAAGCACUUCCCUGCUUGGGGAUUUGGAGCACGGCCAAUUGAUGGUCCAGUCUCACACUGUUUUAAUUUAAAUGGAAGCAGUAAUAACUUUGAGGUUGAAGGAAUCCCAGGAAUUAUGAUGGCAUACGCAAGUGCUCUUUUUAAUGUUUCAUUGGCUGGACCAACCCUUUUUGGACCUGUGAUUAGCACUGCUGCUCUGAUAGCCAGCCAGUCUGUUGCAAACGAUCAACGGAAGUACUUCGUUUUGUUAAUAAUCACGGAUGGUGUGAUAACAGAUCUCCAAGAAACAAAAGAUGCCCUUGUGAAGGCAUCAGACCUGCCAUUGUCCAUCCUUAUUGUUGGAGUUGGAGGAGCUGACUUUAAAGAGAUGGAGAUUCUAGAUGCAGACAAAGGAGAAAGACUUGAAAGUUCAAGUGGGCGUGUUGCAUCGCGUGAUAUAGUCCAAUUUGUUCCAUUCCGGGAUGUACAGAGUGGAGAAAUCUCUGUUGUACAAUCGCUUCUUGCCGAAUUGCCUUCCCAAUUUUUAGCAUACAUGAGAACAAGAAAUAUUAAACCAAGCACUUAA